UUUUCUUUCAUUCUUUUAGAUAUCCAGCUGGCUGGAUUUUCACGACUGGUUCGUAGUUUUGGCGCUCCCGCAGAGCAACAGAAUUGCUUCACAAGCACGAAGUCGAUAUGACAUGGCUGUUCAGAGAUGUUUUCAGCGCGUCCUUUCAAUCCGCGUUGUGGAAACGGCACACCCGCGCAACCACAUGCCGUGUCACUCUGUGUUUCUUUUUCCUGGCACUCGCAACAUGUGUCACGCAAUCGACGUUGCUAGGCUUGUCAGUCAGCGUCAGUGCUCAAGGGAGGAAGCUCAUGUCGGACAUCAUUGAUGCCGCCGGUGUACAGAGGGGAUUUACGGUCGUGCAUGGUGACGUGAUUGAGAUAUGCUACGGAAUCCCAAGUCUUCGCGGUACAUCCUGCGAUAUCGUCUAUAAUGGAACAGGCAAGCAACAAUCAAGUUGCCACCGAUGCUGCAGGGCUUGCUAGUCGGGACGUGUCCAUAAACCCCCUCGUUGAUAGUGCAGGCACGACACAAGGAGUGGUCGUGUCUAAUCCAGGCUCUUCGACGACUCUCAGCCUCCAGUGUGUCGAAUCUCUUACCUGGUUGGAAACUUUCCUCCGUGAUGCCAAGAGUGAAGACGUCAUCCACAUCGCUUUCCAGUGUUGGCUGUUCUCAAACUUCCCUGGUAUCUUUGAUUAUGGAAUCGAUCCCACACCUGUACGUGCAGGCGAGUCAGAAAAACCGAGUGAACGAGCUGCGAAGAAAACGUAUACCGAUAUCGUCAAUGGAGCGUGCGAUGGCGUAGAUGUUCUUGGUGGUUGGCCGAGCGAUGUCAUCCGCUAUGCUAUCCUCGGAAUCCACGGCAGUGUCUUUUUGUGUACGAUCUUCCUUGUUUACAAGUUGGUGAAGAUCUACGGAAAAGAGAUGUUCAGUAGUGUUGGUUCGUCACCCGCAGUCACCCGAGUCUUGAAGCUCCUACAUUGGCUGACAGUAUUCCUUCAAUUCGCCUCGUUUUACGUUGUCGCUUCUGCUGCGGCCUGGUUCGACAAGCGCAAGACUGGCAUUAUUUCUCCCUAUUCGCACAGCACAUUGUUCGACGUGGCCUUCGUUGUUGUUUCUGCUAUCAUUCUUCCAUGGUGGCUUUUGGGUUUACGUUCGAUCCGGCUCGAACAGAAAAGCUGGUUCUUGGUCUUUUCUUUUCUUAACGUUGUCCUGCUCGUAUUCUCCGCUCUCUUGUUCACCAGCGCACUGUACCGCUACGAGAUUGGAGCGUGGGCGUUUUUGGGUUCCCUUUCGAUAAUGGCUGGCCUCCUACUCAUUGUUUCCUGCAUCCUGGCUUUAAUAUGUAGGGUGCAUUUCGGGCUUGGGCUCAAACAAUUUCGUGGGUGUCAUGCUUCUUUCUGCCUUAUCUAUUUACCUACUAGCGGUGGCGCGGUACUGAUGACAUCCUUUCUAAAAAAAAUCCGUGAUCAAUGGGAACACUUCAGUCAUCGUGCAAGCUGAGCUACGGAAGUCAGGAUUCACCCAGGACAGGUUCGUCCUGGAUCCAAGCAGGGUCACUGUCACCAUCACCAGUACAACAACAACAACCGCCUUUCCGGAAAAAGUUAGGGUUCUCUACGGUAGCGUCGGACGACCCGUCUCAUCUACGUU